AUCUGUACUGGAAUCCAAACCUUUAAAAGCUGAUUCAUUUCCCAAAGAAUCUGUAAACCUAAUGGCCACAUCAAACACAGAUUUAGUGGCUCAGGAGAGGAGUGGACACACCGCGGUCAUUUCUGGGAACGGUUUGUUUGUUUGGGGAGGUUAUGUGUCUGUCGCUGAUGAUGAGGUGUUCCUCCCGAACGAUGAGAUCUGGCUCUAUGACCUGGACGCUGGUUUAUGGAAGAGGUGUGGCACGUGUGGCGAGCUUCCUCCGUCCAUGUCCGGCUCGUGCGGCUGCAUUCUGAAUGGACACAUGUACAUAUUCGGAGGAUGCGGUGAUGACGGGCAGACCAACGAGCACUACUCAGUCCAUCUCCACGACGGUAGGUAUUCAUGGAGGAGGUUAAAUCGCUGCUCAGGGUCCCGCCCAUCCCCCCGAGAUAAGCUUUCCUGCUGGGUUCACAGAGGAAGGAUCGUUUACUUUGGUGGAUACGGUCACAAAUUGCUCGGUGAAAUCACAGACUCCAGGACCUUCAUCGUGGACGAGUCUUCCUGGGCUGAAGACGUAUUUUGGGGAUGGAAUAAUGAAGUUCACGUGUUUGAUCCGGAAACAAACAGCUGGAAUGAGCCACACACGUUGGGGCAGACCCCUGCGCCGCGGGCUGCCCACGCCAGCGCCACUAUCGGCAACAAAGGGUUCGUAUGUGGUGGACGAAUAAAGGAGACAAGAACAUGUGAUAUUCAUUGUCUGGAUCUGGACACGUGGACUUGGUCUGAAAUCGUACCUUCCAGCACACUCCCCUUGGGCCGCUCAUGGCAUACGAUAAACGCCGUGUCCGACUCCUCGCUCUUUCUGUUUGGUGGACUCAGUGUGGACUGCCGACCCAUGAGUGAUGGUUGGAUAUUUGAUCUGAAGACAAACACAUGGACAGAGAUAAAGCAUUCAAACAUGGACAAACCACGGCUGUGGCACACUGCUUGUGUGGGACGGGAUUCUGAUGUUAUCGUGUUCGGCGGAAGUCAUGAUUACAUCCUUCUGUUAGAUUCUGGCCAUUGCAAUGAUGCUCUAGUUUUCCAGACCCAGCCAUACUCUCUAAUACGGUUAUGUGUGGACUUCAUUGCGAGCCAUGCCAAAACGUUUCAGAGCCUCAUUUCAUGUUUACCACCCAAACUGAGAUGACCUGUGGAGCAAAGGACAACAUUCUUCAGGCCAAGAGAUUCACACAAAGUCAUUAAAACUAUGGAGUAAAAUAUCUACAAGCUCAGUAUCUUGUGAUAAUGCAAAAACAAGCACAAUAUGUCAAUGGUGCCACGUGACUGAUUUAUGUAUUUAUUUAUUUGUACCAUUUUGUAAUGUAAGGUAGAGUGGUCUAGAUAAUUGUGAAAGACAGAUUCAGGACCACUUAAAAGCAGCAGGAGCAACAGUUACUUAGGAUGCUCUCAAUGGUUCCUCGAUGCUGGAACAAAAUUGAAACGGAAAUAUAUUUAAAAACUAUUAUAUAGCAAACAUUGUAAAAACGUUUUACUAUCGUACCAAUAAGUAACUUUAUAAAAAUACAUUUAAGCAGUUGUUUAAAAUAAUGAUCUUAUUACACACAAGUAUUUUAGAAUAUUAAAUUAAAUGAAACUUGAAUGUAACUAAAGUAUACUUCAUGUUAGUGUAUUAAUUAAAAGUAUACUAUUUAAUCAUUUUUAAAAAAUAUGAUAAAAGUUUACCUGCUAUGAUUUGAUUCAAGUGAUUAAAGUUUGACAUUUAUACAUUUUAACACGUUUGAAAUAAGUACAGGCAUUUGCUAGUUUAUUUAUAGUACACUAUAUACUGUAAGUCUCAGUUUAUUUUGAAGUCCAUUCUUUUCCACUAGGGUUGUGUAGUAUAUUAGUAUAUUAGAAGGUGGCAGUAUGACUAUGUAAGAUAAUGACGGUAGAAUAAUAAGAGAAUGCGCAUGUAACGGGUUGGAAGCAUGAAUGUGUGUGUAUGUUGCGAAUAAAUGUGCAUAGUUAAACGGAUCCUCACUACAAUGUGGGCUUUAGACUUGUGUGUGCACCGUGUGCAGUAGAUUAACUAAACAAGAGACAUUACAGCUGAUAGUUAAUAACCAAACUCAACAGCACCGGUGUUACGGAGAAUUCAGUUCCCCCUGUUUCCCCUUUAACGCGCAUGUGCAAAAAUCAUGACGUUUUUUUCAGUCGCUUCGUUGAGCGUCGGUUUAUUUGGAAUAUGUGUUUAUAGCGGUAUGUUCUUUUCACAUUUCAUGUUGUAUGUUAGGUAGUUUGUGAUUAAAUACAUACUUUAAAGUACUGAGUGAA